CGUGACACGAUCGCAUCGCAACGGAGAGAUAUUGUUGCAGCUGGUUCAUUUUGUAGCGGUUGCGAAGGCAAGGGAACACAGACGCCGGCUGCCGGGUCCAGUGUAGGGACAUUCAUUUAGAACUCUUCGGUCUUAUCGGCGCGUUUCUAGCCAACCAUGGCUACUGGAAUCAGCAAUAAGAGCUUGGCCUCGAUGAGUUUGGAGGGGCGGGUGCUCAUGAGCCCGCUGGCGAAGAAGUACACGUUCAUGGUCCGGUCCUGUCCGCUCAAACACAAGGAUAAGAUCGGCGACAUCCAUCCAUUGCCGCCAAUCACUGUCAUGCACAACUUAGAAGAGUCGUUUGUCAACGACAGCAUCCGGACGGACACCAUGCAGAACUCUCGCUUCUGUCGUCCGAAGCGCACGUCAAUCAUCCGGCCGUACAACGCGCUUCAGGACAAGCACGCCGUCGCCUACUUCCGCAGUCCCACGGUGAAGGAUACGCUGGAGAGGACUCUCACUAACAAGGAGCUGUGGGAGACACCGCCCAGCAGGAACAUGAACAAACUGUCCACACGAGGCCGGUCCUUACGGACACCCACCCCUGCCACGCUGGUCAGGAUGGAGGAAAACUUUGUGGUGGACAGCAUCAAAACUAGCCACGCUGUCACCAAGUACAAACCGCUCAUCCCGCCAUACAACGCUCUAAGGGACAACCAUUCCCAGCACUAUUUCCACUUCAAGGGAGUCAAAAACCUGCUGAAGACGACCGUCGGCGGACAAUAACCCGCAGAACCUGCACAUUACGUUUAUAUGUUUCCUGGACCAUUAAGGAUGAUGGUAAGCUGACUGCUAAUGUCUGGCCUUACAUGUCUGGGAAACACACACUAGGUGCUCUUACUUGCCAUUGAAGAAGGGAGACCACAAGCUACAACACUUCAGCAAUAAAGCAACCAGUGUCCAGCUCUUAAGUGUGAACUCUGCUAGUACAAAUGUCUUACAUGUAUUCUUAAGCUCCUGUCACACAUUCAAGAUCUUGCCACAACAAUGCUGCCGACCAUGAAGGUCGUCACUGGGUUGGUAAUAGCCUAAAAUCCACAUAAUCUAGCUCCAGAUCACCCCUCUAGUCACAUCCAAUUGCAAUGAGAAUAUGACUUUGCCAACUUUGAUUUUCAAAAAUUCAUAGUCGGCUGGUGCAGAAGACUUUCAAAUGCUAGUAGACAACAUUGCCGACCAACUGACAACCACAGAUGACCUUGCUUAAGACUCCGGACCAAGGUCUGGAGGCCAUGUUCAGCUAUGUGUGACAGAAGCCUUAACAAAAUAAGCAUAGUAACUCAAGACAGCCAUUGAAAACUUUAUCAAUUGUAAUACCUUUAUUCUAUUUCCAAACACAAUAUUGUGUAAUGAGUAAUGAUUGUUUCUUAUAGCCCACAGAACUGGCUUGACAGGUACUUCAAUACAUUGUUUACCGUUAUGUCCAAAAUGUUUAUCUUACAAAUAUUGUCAACCACUUCAAUAGUUAUUUACAAACUAUUAUCACCUACCUAAUUUUUUUCUGUACAUCCACAUACAUGUUUUUUGUAUAUAGGAAAUUAAGCAAAUACAUUAGAUAAAAUCUAGUGUCUUUCUAUAGGAAUAUCCCAUAAAACAAAACUGUAGUCCUAGAAUAUAUAUAACCACAAUGCAUGAUUAUAUAACUCCUGUAUACAUUAAUAUGGUGCAUCAUGUAGAGUAUAACAGAGUUAAUAGGUGCUUAUAGUGUAAAGAGAUGUCGAGUAAAUAGUUGGGACAGUUUAGACUUUGUUCCUAUAUAGCCUGAAUGAAAGAUACUAGGUGGUAUAUGUAUUUACUUUGUGACUUUGCUUGGUAAGUAUUUGUCCAUGUACUUGAAUGAAAGAAGCCCUUCAAACUCCGUCCAGUUUGUAAAUGCCGUAGUGUGUAGUUUAUGUAUGUAUAUGGUGAAUGGGUGUUGGGGGAGAAAAACUGUUUUGUUUUUCACUGAAUAAACUUGUGUUUGUGUUA